UAUUUAUUUAUUGCUCCUGGUCACUGUCUCUUUGAGGACUGUUAUCUCUGCUUUGGACAAGAUGGCAGCCUCUUUCUUCUCUGAUUUUGGCCUUAUGUGGUAUCUGGAGGAGCUCAAAAAGGAGGAGUUCAGAAAAUUUAAGGAACAUCUCAAGCAAUUGACUUCACAUCUUGAACUCAAGCCAAUUCCCUGGGCUGAAGUCAAAAAAGCAUCCCGGGAAGAACUUGCAGACCUCUUGAUCAAGCACUAUGAAGAGCAGCAGGCUUGGAACGUGACCUUAAGAAUCUUUCAAAAGAUGGGUAGAAAGGAUCUUUGCGUGAAGGUCACGAGAGAGAGGACAGGGUAUACGAAGACCUAUCAAGAUCACGCAAAGCAGAAGUUCAGCCGCUUGUGGUCCAGCAAGUCUGUCACUGAUAUUCACCAGUACUUUCACCAGGAAGUCAAACAGGAAGAAUGUGACCAUUUGGACCGCCUUUUUGCUUCCAAGGAAACCGGGAAACACCCACGUACAGUGGUCAUUCAGGGAGUGCAAGGGAUUGGGAAGACGACGCUCCUGAUGAAGCUGAUGUGGGCCUGGUCGGACAGCAGGAUCUACCGGGACAGGUUCCUGUACGCCUUCUACUUCUGCUGCCGAGAAAUGAGGGAGUUGCCAGCCGUGAGCUUGGCUGACUUGAUCUGCAGGGAGUGGCCCGACCCUGCCGCUCCUGUAACAGAGAUCCUGUCCCAGCCAGAGCGACUCCUGUUCGUCAUCGACAGCUUCGAACAGCUGGAGGCCGACGUGAACCAGCCCGACUCGGAUCUGUGUGGCGACUGGAAGGAGAAGCGGCCGGUGCAGGUGGUCCUGAUCAGUUUGCUGAGGAAGAAGAUGCUCCCGCAGGCCUCCCUGCUGGUCGCCGUCAAACCCACGUGCCCGAAGGAGCUCCGGGAUCGGGUGGCGAUCUCAGAAAUAUACGAGCCCCGGGGAUUCAAUGAGAGCGACAGAUUGGUGUACUUCUGCUGUUUCUUUCAAGACCCAAAGAGAGCCAUGGAAGCCUUCAGUCUCGUGAGAGAGAGUCAGCAGCUUUUUGCCAUAUGCCAAAUCCCGCUCCUCUGCUGGCUCCUGUGUACCGCUCUGAAGCAAGAGAUGCAGAGAGGGAAGGACCUGGCUGUGACCUGCCAGAGCACCACCUCUGUGUACGCCUCCUUCAUCUUCAACCUGUUCACACCCGAGGGUGCCGCGGGGCCGACCGAGCAAAGCCAGCGCCAGCUGAAGGGCCUGUGCGCCCUGGCUGCAGAGGGCAUGUGGACCGAUACGUUUGAGUUUGGAGACGAAGACCUCAGGAGACACGGGAUCGCGGAUGCUGACAUCCCUGCGUUGCUGGGCACCAAGGUUCUUCUGAAGUUCGGGGAGCGGGCGAGCUCCUACGCGUUCAUCCACAUGUGUAUCCAGGAGUUCUGCGCCGCCAUGUUCUACCUACUCAAGAGCCACCUUGACCAUCCUCAUCCAGCUGUUCGCAGUGUCGAGGAAUUGCUAGUUGACAACUUUAAAAAAGUGAGGAGACCACAUUGGAUUUUUUUGGGGUGUUUUCUCAUUGGUCUUUUAAAUAAAAAGGAACAAGAAAAACUGAACGGGUUUUUUGGCUUCCAACUGUCCCGAGAGAUAAGGCAGCAAUUUGAGCAGUGCCUGAAGCGCUUAGGGGAGCAGGGGGAUCUGCAGGGACAGGUGGAUGCCUUGGCGAUAUUCUACUGUCUCUUCGAGAUGCAGGAGCCUGCCUUUGUGAGGCAGGCCGUGAACCUCCUUCAAGAAGGUAGCUUCCAUAUUGUCGACAGCUCAGACUUGGUAGUUUCUGCCUACUGCUUAAAAUACUGCUCCAGCUUGAGGAAGCUUUCUUUUUCCGUGCAGAAUGUCUUUAAGAAAGAGGAUACACACAGCUCUGUGUCGGAUUACAGCCUCAUCUGCUGGUAUCACAUCUGCUCUGUGUUCACUACCAACGGGUACCUCAGAGAGGUCCAGGUGCAGGACAGCACCCUCAGUGAGCCGGCCUUUGUGACCUGGUGUAACCAGCUGAGGCACCCCAGCUGUCGCCUUCAGAAGCUCGGGAUAAAUAAUGUUUCCUUUUCUGGUCAGAGUAGUCACCUCUUUGAAGUGCUCUUUCAUCAGCCAGAUUUGAAAUACCUGAGCCUCACCCUCACCAAACUCUCUCGUGAUGAUGUCAAGUCCCUCUGUGAUGUGUUGAACUCCCCAGCGGGCAACAUAGAAGAGCUAGCGCUGGUCAGUUGUGAACUCUCACCAGUGGAUUGUGAAGUCUUUGCCUUCGUUCUGACCAAGAACAAGAAGCUCAAGUAUCUGAACGUAUCCUGCAACCGCAUAGACGAGGGUGUGCGCCAUCUGUGUGAAGCCCUGUGCCGCCCAGACACGGUCCUGACAUACCUGAUGUUGGCUUACUGUCACCUCAGCGAGCAGUGCUGGGAGUACAUCUGUGAAAUGCUUCUGCGUAACAGCAGUCUGCGCCACAUAGAUCUCGGCGCUAAUGUGCUGAAGGAUGAAGGUCUGAAAACCCUCUGCAAGGCCUUGAAACGCCCAGACUGCCGCCUCGAUUCGCUGUGUUUGGUAAAAUGUUUUAUCACUGCUGCUGGCUGUGAAGACCUCGCCUCGGUUCUCAUCAGCAAUCAGAACCUGAAGAAUCUGGAAAUUGGGUGCAACGAAAUAGGAGAUGUGGGCGCGAAGCUGCUGUGUGGGGCGCUGACGCACCCUGAUUGCCGCGUAGAGGUUCUCGGGUUGGAAGACUGUGCGUUGACAAGCACCUGCUGUAAGGAUCUCGCAUCUGUUCUCACCAGCAGUAAGACCCUGCAGCAGCUAAACCUGACCUUGAACGCCUUGGACCACGGAGGGGUGGUUGUGCUCUGUGAGGCCCUGAGACACCCAGAGUGUGCCCUGAGGGUGCUCGGGCUGAAAAAAGCUGAUUUUGGUGAGGAAACGCAGGCACUUCUGAUGGCUGAGGAAGAGAGAAAUCCCAAAUUGACAAUCGUAGACCACCUCUGAAGCAGACACAACCACGUGGGCAGAAAUCUGAUGGUGAGGAGCCUGGCUGUGACUGGUACACCCGCCAAGGACAGGGACUGGGGCCCUUAGGUUACUCUGCACGCAGGAGCUGCAAAUCAUUGACACUCUGAGUUGUGAGUUUUCUGGCACCCCAUUCACGUUUCAUACGAUGUUCGUGGUUUUUAUUAGCUCUGUGGCCUUGGAUGAGCCACUGGAAGACCUUCAUGGUUAAAUUUCUAUCCUGUCUCACAAUGACCCCUUAACCCCUCAAUAAAGUGUUGUAUUUCCACACAUUGGAAAA